ACUCAUUUCACUUAUGAUGAUGUUGUUGGAUCACUAACAGAUGAAGAACGUGAUGAUAUUAAUAAGACUCAAUUAUUAGAAAUGAAUACAAAUGAAAGUUCGGAUUCUUCUUGCGGUACAUGGCAAGUCAUGAUUUCAUUAAAUCCAUCAUCUAAUAUUAGUGAACUUGAGACAAGUGAGAUCAAUGUUAUUGAUUUCGAUGCAAAAAAUUUAGAUCAACAAUUCAUGCUUUCUAAUUGGACAACAAAAUAUCCAAGUACUUUUAUAAAGUUUUAUUCAAAUCGUGGAAUGAAUAUAAGAUCUUUUGAUUCAAAAUAUUAUUCACAAUCAUUAAAAGAUAUAGGUUUAAGGCCACAUACAAUAUUUGGUUGUGUUGUUGAUUAUUUAUUCCGACCUGCACCUUCUGCUCUAUCAUUUAUAACUCAUACAAAAAUUGAACAUUUUGUUGUUUCCGAAUUACCCGCCAAUUCAAAUCUCGAUAAUCUUCAUAAUCCUGAUAAUGUAAUCAAUGCUAUGAUUGAAAGUUGGAUUUUUAGUAAAACUGAUUAUAGAGUAGAUAAUUUCAUCAGGAAUUAUGGUAAAUUGUCAGCUUUUCAUUCAAAACAACUUCACACCACAAUUUCCAUUUGCAAUUAG